AUGGAGCCUCUUGUGAUGAUGAAGCGCGGCAGCAUGUUGCCGGCAUCGGUUGUGGAGGAGAUCUUGACCUCUGCCGCUGCCGCCAGUGCCGAGGCACCCAAUCGAGCCCUCAAGCGACGCGUCCGCCAGCGCCUGCACAAGAAGCUCGGGUCCAUGUUAUCUUCCGAGGAGUUUGAGAAAGCGAUCGACCGCUACAAGGUCCUGGAAGAGGAGCAAUCCGAAGAGGCCUCGGGGGCAGCUUCCUCUUCGCCCUGCGCAUCGCUGCCCACGCCCUACCAUGGAAGUUCUUCUCCGGGCAUGGCUCAAGGCAACUCAGCGAGUCCAGCGAACCCGGCUACCAGCACUUCUCCGACGUUCAUCGCGGUGCCGAUGAUGAUGCCAAUGACCACCAUGCAGCCCCUACGCUUCCUGCCCACAGCUCCUUCUCAGCCCCUGCAGCUGCAGAUGAGGCCCAUGCAGCCCCUGUUGCCCCAGCCUCUAGCACCGAUGCAGCAGGGUCCCCAGGCUUUUUCGGACCACAGCGCGGUGGCCCCAAAGGCGCAGAAUGGGCCCCAUGAGAGAUCCGAGAGCACCUCGCAGACGACAGAUUCGGCUAUUGAUGACGACGACCUCGAGAGCAUCAGCGAGCUGAGCACGGAGUGGGCUCGGGCAGUUUCCUACGGUUCGUCGGUGUGUCCGGUGGAGCGGACCUUCAUCCAGUUCCACACUCGGGUAGCUGGAAGGGUAGAGAAGAAAUUCCAGCGACAUGGAAGCAAGAGCCGCGUCUUCCUCGAUGCUGAAGAGAUGAAAGCGAAGGUCAAAGAGGCCCUGGCCAGACCUUCCUACAAUGUUUUCGAUUUUUACCAUCGGAAGGGAUUCUUUCAAUGGGUGGCCAAGUCCAAUGCUUUCGAGACGGUGACAUUGGUCGUCAUAGGUAUCAAUGCGCUCUGGCUCGCCCACGACACAAACAGCAACCAAAGCGAAUCAUUGCUCUCUGCGCGGAUCGACUUCCAAGUCGCAGAGAUUUUCUUUUGCACGUACUACGCCAUCGAGCUCUUCGUGCGCUUCAUGGCAUUCAGGCGCAAGUGCGACUCCUUGCGUGACGGCUGGUUUGUGUUCGACAGUCUAUUGGUGCUGAUGAUGCUUGGGGAGACGGUGCUCCUCUCUGCUCUGCUGCUGCUUCUGGGGCCCGAUGGGCCGGCUUCCACGGCCGUGGGAAAUGCAUCGAUCCUCCGUCUCUUUCGGCUUUUGCGGCUCUCGCGGAUGGCGCGGAUGCUCCGGUCGAUGCCAGAGUUGAUGAUCCUGAUCAAGGGCAUGGCUGCUGCCGCCACCUCUGUGUUCUUCGUGAUGUGCCUUCAGCUUAUCCUGCUCUAUGUGUUUGCGAUCGCGUUCACGCAGCUGGCAAGCGGCACGUUUAUGGGUGACUACUACUUCCCGGAUGUGUUGCACUCCAUGUACACCCUGCUCCUUUAUGGCACGUUCCUGGACAACUUGUCGCAGUUUUGUGACGAGGUGGGUGCCGAGAGUCCCCUCUGCUUGGCUCUGAUCUUUGUCUUCGUCCUCCUGUCUGCAUGCACGGUGCUGAACAUGCUUAUCGGUAUCCUCUGUGAAGUUGUUUCUGCAGUGGCCGCCGUUGAGCGGGAAGAGAUCUUAGUGCUUCAUAUCACCAACAAGCUGCAAAGAGUUCUUUCGAAGUUGGACAAAAACAACGACGGCCACUUGUGCAAGGCAGAGUUCAUGAAGAUCCUACAGGUAGAUGAGGCUGCUCGUGCUUUGGAAGAGGUGGGUGUCGACCCGGUCAGCAUUGUUGACUUUGCUGAUUUCAUCUUCGGAGAGAAUGAUGGCGAAGAGGAUGGAGGCGAGAACCUGUCCUUCGGCAAGUUCAUGGAGAUCCUCCUAACUUUGCGUGCAGAGAACAAGUCCACGAUCCGAAGCUCGGAAGAAGGGGGUUUAUAUAGGGGUUUAGGGUUUAGGGGUUUAGGGUUUAGGGUUUAG